AAGCAUAUUGCUUUUUUGAAUCAAAGAUUUCUUCUCUAUUUAAAAUACAAUCAUACAGAGACAUGAAGUUUAUGUCUUAAAUUUUAGAAUCCCUGAUUAUGGUAGAAAAGCUUUGAUCUUAAAUGUGAGAAAGUCAGUUUUCUUAAAAGAAAUUUUAAGAUUUUCCAGUAUGGUAGGGGAAAAAAUGAACAAACUUAUAUUUGCUGUUUUCUGUCUACUAUGAUAUUCUUGAAAAAUUCAGGCGGGAAAUGAAUGUUUCAAGUAUAAACAUUUUGUGGUAUGCAUAUUAUUUCUUAGAAAACUAAAUUUAAUUUUGACAUUAUUGGAAUUAUGUUCAAACUGGACUUGGAAAAAUGAGAUGCCACCUGUUUCAAGUUCCAACCCCCCCUCCCCCUCCCUCCAAUCUCCCUUAGUUUUUGGCUUUGAAUUGACCAGCUUACUUAUGUUUAAACCGUGAAAUCCCAAGUCAAAUAUUAUGUAAUGUCAGCUAUAUCAGGGGACACAACAGAAGUAAUGUAGUUCUAAAUUGAGUUGAUCAAUAUCUUUCACCUCCAGAAAGGAUAGAAAACCUUAAAGGUUAUUGUUAAAUUCGUUUAAGUUAUUUGUAUAUUAGGCAUCUUUCCUAUUUGAUUUUCUGUUUUCUUAGUAAACCAUUAUUUUCACUUGUUUCAUUAUACUUGUUUGUAGGGGUCUCUGAGAAAUUGAUGUAGAAGUUAUAAUAAAUAUUCCAUAAUUUGGAUUUCUAUUUUAAAUCAGAGGUAAAACUUAGACAAUUAAUUGUUAAUGUAAUUGUAAUGUAAAGUUUUGUAGUCCAAAACUUAAAAAAAAAUUAUUAUUGGUGUGUGUUGGCCUGUAAAUAUGCUUACUACUGAUAAUCUGACUUGGAUAUAUUUACGCACUAAAUAAAGCAUUCCGAGUGCAAUUUUAGCUUUCUUCACUAGGGGUGCCAGUAUGGAAAAUUUCUUAAAAUCUAUCAACCUUAGAAACAUAUGAUUAAGUUUCAGACACUCUAAGAAAGACAAUCAUUGAAUUAUUGGUUGUAAUUAUUUUUCUUCCCUCCCUUCUCCAAGUAUCUUUUAAUGACUGCUGUUGAGCAGGAUCUGUGAAAACUUCUUGGUUUUGGGUGUAUGUGUUAGGCAGAGAGCUGAGAAGUUGUGAGUAUGGAGGGUGAAACCAAGCUCAGAGGUGCUCAGUUGCUGCAAGACCAGAGGAAAGCAGUGUUUGGAAGUGGAAUGUAGAUCAAAACAAGGAUCACAACGGAAUCCAAGAGGAUUCUCCAAAGACAAGGCCCUGGAGUGAUUGCAGUAGAUUGAUUUUGAGACUAAAGUGCUUGAAACAGUUCCUUCAAUUUACCAUGUCCAGUUUUUCUUCCAUGAAUGUGAGUGCAUUUAUAGCUUCACUUUGACACCAUUGGAGUCUCUUUAGCAGGAAAGCUCUCACUUGUCAUUGUUUUUAAAAAUCUUAACCUCACUGUUAUUUUAAACAUUAUAUGUACAGACCCUCCUUAUAGAAAUCUCUUUAACACCAGCACAUUGACCCUGUGUGACAGCAUGUGCCUCACUCAGCUCUUGUGUGUGCUGUAAUAGGGUGGGGGGUGGGGUGCCUCAUAAUUGGUCCUCUGUAGUUAAGAUUGUUUUUCAUGGCAACACUAACUAGCUAUACAGUUCACAGCUACAGUUGUAGUUUACUUCUGGAAAGCAACCCUAUACUUCUGGGAAAUAAUGAAAUAAAAAGUGGAGAUGGCUGUUGUGGAAACAAAGAGAAAAUGUCUGAGGUCUGAAGAGAGUCAGCCAUCCAGACAGAACAAAUCAACACAUCAGAAUUUUAGAAAUGGAAGGAAAUUUUAGCUGUUGUCUAACCCAAACCCAUCCUUUUACAAAUGGGGAAAUCCAAGCCUAGAAAGGUUGUGGUAUUUUGCUCAAGGUCACACAGCUAGUAACUGCCAUGUGGAACUUGAACUUCAGUGUUCUUCAGCACUCUUUCUUUAACAUCGUAUCUGCCUCUUAGCAAAUGACCUUGGAAAGAAAAUUAAAUGGAAUGGAUAGCAUUGUAACUAUCCCAUUUCAGAAUGGAUGGGACAGAAGGAAGGUACAAAUCACUCUUCAGGAGCAUGUUCAGCCCCACAGCAAGAGACUGCAGGCUGGAGGGAUGUGAUUUUCCCUUGAGGACUGCUUUAGCUACAUCCCAGAAAUUUUGGUUUCAAAAUAUCUUCCUUUGCUUGUAAGUCCUUCAGACUGCUUGUCCUCCAGGAAAUAAUCAAUGGAUUUUUAUCAUCUGAAUGUACAUUAGGAGCAUGAAUAUGGUGCCAAAAGACCUUCUUCCACUUCUCUGACUAUGGUCCAAGCUUGAUUCAGUAAUUCAUUUGGAUAUAUUUCUGUUUUAAAAAGAGAAGUACACAUUGCUGCCAUUCACUUGGCAGAAAGACUACAUUGUAAGAUCAUGGACCAUACUAAUAGGGAAAAAGAUGAAAGACAACGUACAAGUAAACCCAUGGCACAAAGGAGCGGACAUCCUUCUCGACCAUCUAGUUCCACUUCAUCAUCUGGGGUUCUCAUGGUGGGACCCAACUUCAGGGUUGGCAAGAAGAUAGGGUGUGGGAACUUUGGAGAGCUCAGAUUAGGUAAAAAUCUCUACACCAAUGAAUAUGUAGCGAUCAAACUGGAACCAAUAAAAUCACGUGCCCCACAGCUUCAUUUAGAGUACAGGUUUUACAAACAGCUCGGCAAUGCAGCUGAAGGCCUACCCCAGGUGUAUUAUUUUGGGCCAUGUGGGAAAUACAAUGCCAUGGUACUGGAGCUUCUUGGCCCUAGCUUGGAGGACUUAUUUGACCUCUGUGACCGAACGUUUACUUUGAAGACUGUGUUAAUGAUAGCCAUCCAGUUGAUUUCCCGAAUGGAAUAUGUGCACUCAAAAAACCUCAUUUAUCGGGAUGUCAAGCCAGAGAACUUCCUGAUUGGCCGGCAAGGCAACAAGAAGGAACAUGUUAUACACAUUAUAGACUUUGGCUUGGCAAAGGAAUACAUUGAUCCUGAAACCAAAAAACAUAUACCAUACCGGGAACACAAGAGUUUGACUGGAACAGCGAGAUACAUGUCCAUCAAUACUCAUCUUGGCAAAGAGCAAAGCCGAAGGGAUGAUUUGGAAGCCUUAGGCCAUAUGUUCAUGUAUUUCCUUCGAGGCAGCCUACCCUGGCAAGGACUCAAGGCUGAUACAUUGAAAGAAAGAUAUCAGAAGAUUGGAGAUACCAAAAGGAAUACUCCAAUUGAAACUCUCUGUGAGAACUUUCCAGAGGAGAUGGCAACAUACCUUCGAUAUGUCAGGCGAUUAGAUUUUUUUGAGAAACCAGACUAUGAUUACUUACGGACACUCUUUACAGAGCUCUUUGAAAGGAAAGGUUACACCUUUGACUAUGCCUAUGACUGGGUUGGAAGGCCAAUUCCUACUCCAGUAGGGUCAGUUCAUGUAGAUUCUGGUACAUCCGCAAUAACCAGAGAAAGCCACGCACACAGGGAACGGCCAUCACAACAACAACCUCUUCGAAACCAGAAUGCAUCGACAGAUCGUCGAGGAGAGUGGGAAAUCCAGCCCAGCCGGCAGACAAAUACCUCGUACCUGACAUCUCACUUGGCUGCAGACCGGCAUGGGGGAUCAGUGCAGGUGGUAAGCUCAACAAAUGGAGAGUUGAACGUUGAUGACCCAACAGGAGCACACUCCAAUGCACCCAUCACAGCGCAUGCCGAGGUGGAGGUAGUGGAGGAAGCUAACUGCCUGAAAAUGCUCAACUUGUGGUGCUGCUGUUUUUUUAAGAGGAAAAGGAAGAAGACUGCCCAGCGCCACAAGUGACCAGUGCCUCCCAGGAGUCCCCUCCCUUCCCCCAAGCCCUGGGGACUCUUCAGUUGCACCUGCAGCUCCUGCCAUUGCUCGUUAGAAAGGACUCCUCUCUGGGAGGAGAAUGGAAGAGGAGAGGGUGGAGAUCAAAAACCAAAAAGAGAAGAAAACAGAUGCCCCAGAGGAAGCCAACAUGGAGUUGGCCAGUGCUGAAUCAGUUCACCACUUAAUUCCAAGCCGGAGGCUCUUUGUGGGAUCCAGACUCCUGGCAGCCCCACCACUGCUUGCACUUGGGGCUGCCUAGUUGACUCUCCUUCCCAUUGUUUACAGUGAAGGUGUCAUUCACAAAAACUUGACUACUAUUCUCUUCCUCAGUUUACUCCUGUGCUCUGCCUUUCCCCUCCUCCAAUGAAAAGACUAAUAAGUAAAGGCUUUAUAUUUUAAAGGUAUGAGAGGACCUUACCCAGACAGGGUGGGCAGCUAACAAGUGGGAGAAAGGCAAGCCUGGAGUUGGAGAAAGAUUUCCUCCACCUUCCAGGCCCCCAUAAUAGAAUUCCUCUUUUUGUUCAUCUGUGCUGCCACUGAUCCCUGAUCUGGCCAUAGGAUUGCUGGUUCCCUCUGUGUUUCCCUCCUACUUGUGAUGCUAUAUCCUAGCAUACAAGCUGUGAGAAAUUUGCAAUCUACUGUCCCUGUAGAGUUGGUGUUCUUGGCUUUCUUGGUGAACAAGCGCUAUUCUCUAAACAGUAAUAGGACAGUGCAAAUUGUUUUGGAAAAAGAAAAAUUGACCUUAUUGCACUUUUAAUUUUUUUAAUAACAUGGCAGAUGCAUAUUGUGUCUGAUUAUUUUGGGGUUUUACUUUUUCUUUGUGGAGGGAGUGGGGCUAGUGCAGCCACUGAGAGAGAAACAUGGGUCCAGAGAACAUUCUCAACAUAAGGAUCUUGGUCUUCAGUACUCAGAAAAAAAGAAGCCAAACCUCAAGCCAUCUGAAUCAUCUCACUCAGAUUGGCAAGGUCUGUAAGGAGCCAUACUUGAAUUUCCAGUCCUCCUUCUCAGCUGUCGAAUGUCCCUCCCAGAGCCUCGUGACCUGAAAGUUCGGAGGCCCUUGCUUGUGUGCACAUUAGACAAGCUAGGUUGGACUGAAAAGUGACUUUGGGUAAAUGAAUUAUCCUAGAGAAGCAGAUAACCAACCAGGAAAUAAAAAUAUGUUUUGCUUUUCACACAGCAUGGGUCCUGUCUGGCUAGAUAACUGUGACUUCCAGAUGACAUUGGGGUAAAAAUUGAAAUAAGCACUACCACACAUUUCUGUGGGGAGAAAAAAAAAAAAAAAAAGGAGGAAAAGCCAGCAUGGCAAGGAAAGAGUGGACUUGUUCUUUGCCUUCUGACUGGAAUGAAACUGGGGAUUUUUGUCAGUAACUGAAAUGAGGCCUGGCGGAGAUUACAUCUGCUUACCAGGCUGUCCUUGCAGCCAAACUGUAGACCAUGUGAUCUGCCUAACAUUGCUGUAAGCUAAGCCUAUGUACACAUCUCUAGGCAGGUCAAUAAACCUAGCUAGCAGCAAGAAAUAGCGUCGAGAAAUUAAACACUGGAAUAAGUGGAUAAGGCAAGAUUGCUUGGUUCUGGAAAACCUUGGGGAAAAGGGAACUGUAGAGAACAAUUUUAAAUCACUUUGUCAAUUUAUAUAGCAGGGAUAACAGUAGGAUGGGUGGGAAUAGUGAGCCUAGAGAGGGGACAGAGGAUUCCCUCAAGAAGAAUGAUGAAGAAACUAGGUCUCCUUCCACUCAAAAUCCUCUGCACACCAUCAUUUCAUGCUGACACACCACUGGGAAAGGGCUCAGCUCUCCCACUUCCUGCAUGAACAGGGCAUAGUCUAGAUUUAGUAUUUUCAUUCUAGAUUUUCAUUGGAAUUCAAAUGACUUGUCCAGACAAUGAUUUAAAAAAAAAAAAAAAAACUGAGAAGCAUCUGGCCUAGUAUCCUAGAUUGAUUGGCAGGGGGCAGUGGAAUUCUCUUUAUCAGGGAAGGAUCUUGGGGGGAAGGAUGAAGGGGAGAGGAAAGUAUUCCCCUUCUCCAGUCUUAGUCUCUUACUGUAGAAGAGAUAGAGAGGGAGCUCUCUAUGAAGGAAGGUAGCAUCCCUUGGUCUUAUGAUUUUUGUCACAUGAAAAUCCUGGUCUCCAAAUGUUGGGUGUACCUUUGAACUUACAGAUGUGGAGAUAGUUUCUAGUAGUUAGCCAUUUUCUGCUACCAAGUCUCUUAUUGCCUUACUUGAAUGGAGCAGAAGCAGUGCUGGCUAGAGCCAUAGUGGGGCUCCAGCUACCCCAGGAGUGUCUGGGCUGGGAGUUUAGCUUCACUGACUUCUUGUUUGUGUAGGUCAAAUAAUAAUUGUGAUUUUUCUUUUUGUUAAUUUAGCAAGAAAUCUUUCUAUAUGUGAAAUGCAGAGUGGUAGGGAGACUUCCUGUUUCCUCCAUAUAUCCCCCAGAAGACUUUGAAUGUUUGGGACUUCACUUCCUUGCCCUGUUACCUGGUGGUUACACCCCAGUUUGUAAGACAUAUAUAUAUAUGGCUUUGUGCUGAUUUUAAAUUGGUGCAUAUGCAAACCUUUAAUUAUGCUUUCCUUAUCCCUUCCUAAAGAAGGGCCUGCCAAAAGGCACCCAGGAGAAUUCUAGAAAAGGGGGCACAUCCUAGAAGAGCCUGGUGUGGCCUGGCAAUCUCAACCCUAACCAAGUGCCUCUCACCAAAAAAAAAAAAAAAAAAAAAAAGUAAAGGCAGUGUCCUAGCCUUGCCUGGCCACCAGGUAAACCCACCUGUAGAUGUGUCUAUGGCUUUUCUUGGGUCUUACUUUUUUUUUUUUUUUUUUUUUUUUUUUUAAGGGAUAGCUCUUAAAGAGUGAGAUUUAAGUAGAUGGAGGGGCUCCUUCCCAAUGACCUAUUCCUCUGAUUGAUGCCUCUGAAGAUUUAGCUUUCAUGAUAAAGAUGUAGAAAUGAGGAGCCAGGUACCCAGCAUUCUGGUAAUGUUUUAUGCCUGCCCAGGGCCUCUGUUACAGUGUUAUCACUCCUCUGUCACUUGGAAAAAAUGAGUAGACUCAGAAGUUAACAUGGUUUUCUAAUGAAAAAGAAAAUAAAACUGAGACCUGUCUCCAAUGAAUAUUAGGAACAACCUUCCCUGAGUAAUUAGAGAAAGAGUUCUCAGACAAGUUAGCAGACAGCUUCUCCUCCAUUUGUGAAACAGGGCUUCCUUUCUCAUCAACUCUGUGAUUGCUUAAAAAUAUGGCCUCUAAAAAGACAGUUCUUAAAUUGUGAAAUUUCGAAACCAUUUGCAGUGAUGAUUUUAAUCUAAUUCCAUACUGCAGUCAUUCAAACUCCUUAAGUUUGUUUUAAUUUUAAUUGUUCUCUGGCUAUCAGGGAUUAACCAAAAAAAAAAAAAAAAAAUUAUCCUUAUAUUUUUAAGUUCAGGUAACUCCCUUUAGUUAAUUCCUACUAGCUCUAUAAUACUAUACUGUUGAGAUUCACCUAAGCAUAUGCAGAAUGGUGUUAAUUACAUCUUAAACAGAUGGUCUUACUGGGAUUCCCAUCAUCUUUCCUAGUCCUAAACUCCCCAGUUAUACCUGUUAACCCCAAGGAGGGCUUCACCUGUUCUCUCUGAACUAGGUAAAUGCCCCCAUCGUUUUAGCCAACGUUUUGGUUGUUUUAAAAUAUUCUCCCCGUGUUAGCAGGGCAGAAUUAGGACCACUGUUGUAUUCUAAGCAUGAGAGAGGCAUUCCAUCUCUGUUAACCCUGUCUUCAGAUCUGCUUUGGGGCUUUUCACAGACCAGGCAGACUCAUUUCAGAAUGUUAGAAAAGGCAGGAUCCCCGUAGUAGAGCCCAGGAGGCUGAGCAGCUUCUCCCUCCAGCAAUCAGCUUACUUUUGUAAUGGCUUCAGGGAACAUUAUCUGACUUGCUCUCUGUCAAAUGGGGCCAAGGAAAGGGAAAGUAUGUAUGGUGGGGUGGCUGGCAGAUAAAAAUUUCUGCCUGCUUUAGCUCCCAUGGAGAGUUGAUUAACAGAGGGCCAGGUAAAACAGCAGCUUCAGUAGACAGCCAUUGUCGGGAGGAUUCCAGCAUGUGAGUAGUGAUUGCUUAUUUAUUCUCAGUAUACUUGAAAAUGCAUUAAAGCAUCUGCUGCCCAUUAGCCAGAAAAGGUAUCUCUUUUUAAAGCAGCUUCCAAUAUAGCUAAAUGGAAAAGUACAUAUAAUGCUCAUUCAGUGUUGAUUCUCAGUGUUAGUAACUGCUUUUUAACACCAAGAAUAUGCAGCACUUGGAACAUUACUUCAAAGUGGUUACUAAGGAUCACAGCCUUAAAUUUUUUUUUUUUUUUUUGUAACGUAAGACAUAGCCCACCCUCCAGCCCAGUGAGCAUGGCAUGCAUUUCUUAAAAGCACUGCUUCCAAUGGAGAAUCUCCCAAGAGGAACUUGUCUUUUCUUUUUUCCCCUAAUGUAUCUCUAUGCCUAGGCAUGCACAUACUCUAGAGCUCCUUUGUUCCUCUCCUUCCACUACCCCCAGUUCCUUUUUCUAGGUCUCUCCUCCUCCUGCAUUAAAGCCAGUUGUCUAUACCAGGUGAGCCAGCCUAAAUAGUAUCCAAUGUCAGAGAAGGAGACGGGCCAGGGUUCCCUGGAUUGGGAGCAUUUGAUGCAGCCUUUGUGAAGCAGUGAGAUUCCACCGAGGCCAAUACUGCAUCUCUCCUGGACUGCUACUGCUGCUGCUCCUAUCAAUUAUGAUUUGACCCCAAGGGGAUCAUUUCAUACCCAAAGUGAAUAUGAUUAAGCCUAGGAGUCCAGAGAGUUCCAUUGAUUGCCUUGGUCUCCCUUUCUGUCAUCAGUGUGUGCUUUAAAAACAAAGGCACUGCCUUGAAGGAAGCUGCUUUUCCAGAAAAGCCAGGGCCCAGUCACCUGCACAGAAGCCUUAUGAAUGGCUCCUAGGCCCCCAACUCCUAGGGUCUUCACCACGAAGGAUCAGUUAGGAAUCUAAAGUGUGAUUAUUUUGAUUUUUUUUUUUAUUUUUGCUUUUGUUUGUUAAAGGAAAAUGUGGCCCUUUUGAGGGUACUUGAAGUUUUGAGCAGUGUUUUAACCACAAAGUAGGAAUUUCAAUGUAUUUGAUUAAUUAAGCAGUCUUAAAAUAUUGGUAUGUUUUUUUCCUUAACUCCAUUUCCAGGUAACUGAGUGCAAAAGAACUGGCUUCUCCAUUGUACUCGAAAACAGUAGGUAGAUUUAAAUUCCAUUGAGUAUAGACAGUGGAAAGUAUAUUUCCCCAAAUCAACAAGGAAAUCCACUCCAGUAUUUAUGUAUAGAUCAACCUAUGGAGGAAAAAAAUGAAUGUGUAUUUCAUGUAUUUCUAGUUUGACUUACCAAACUCAUUGUUAUAAAGAAACCUCAGUUAUCUAAACAAGAUCUGUUUGUUUUCUUUCACUCCAGUAAAAUUUCUGAUGCCAUCAUUGUCUGCAAGGUGUCACAUUAGAGAGGUGUCCCUGGUAGUAUAUGGAAGUGGUCUCUAAUCAUCCUACUACUAAUAAAUACCAGGAAUACGGUGAUCUUGACAGCUUUCUUCUGUCCUGUCCCACUAUUGUGCACGUGACUUCUUUUUCAGUGUUCCUCUUCUUGAGCUCUAGACCAAAUCCUGGGUCAUCUCUUGCACAGAAAGCCUUUAAAAGGUUUGUCAAUCUGUUAGGAAUGUCUCAGGAAAAUGAGCCAUUUCUUUGCCGAUAGGAAGUGGAAUUAUAUACUGAUAUGCAUAUAUAUGUAUGUAUUUCCUAACCCUACCUAUUUACAGCUCAAGCUGCUCUAAACUGUGUUCCUGAGUAUUCUCAGAAGAAAAGAAAUAACAAGAGUACAAUGUGCUGAUCCUGGUAAAGAUUUUCAGUUGUUGAACAGAAAGAAGAGUAACAGUAGAAAAUAUGUAGAUGAUACCAAAAAAUAUUCUAACCCCAAUGGAAAAUAAUAUUAAGUCACAAAUUCCCACUGGAUAUAUUGCAAGCUAUAAUUUAUUAUAUUAUUAUUUUGUCUAUUUCUUUAACCUUUGCCCUUGUACUUUCAAGAGGGAAUGUUGGGGAUAUCGAUUGCAACUUUUUUUUUUACUGUAAAAUGUAUAAAUCAGCUGUGGAAAUCAUUUUUUAAAUUGAUAUUGCGUGGAUGUGUCUGAUUCUUGUUAAAUGCCUUUUUGAGUUUUUUUAAUCUUUUAUUUUAAAUAUGUAAUGCAAUAUUUUAUUCAUAAAACCCUGGCACUGGUCUCAAAGCUCAGCUGUGAAAAUGAAACUUGUAGUAUUUUUUAACAUGAAUGUCAAUUUAAAGUGUAUUUGAAAUGGUUCUACCGGGAUAAGGGCUUAUAUACCACUGGGA